GCUUGGAGAACCGAGCCGCAAUCCAGACAGGCCGGAAGCCCCCACAGCCCCACUGGCUUCAGCCUUCAGACUCCUGCACAGCCUCAGAUGGAAACAUGUUGUAGGAUUUCAUUCUAGACACACGAAUUCCGGGUUUUUUGGCUUUUUAAAUGGGCGUCGCACGUGCACCAUCCCUCCCAGAGUUUUGAGAUUUUGUAAUUUAUUGUUAUGCAUGGAUUUAACACACCAAAAAGAUGAUCCGGAGCUGCGCUUCUGGCUCGAGAAGGCUGCGAUCGACUGAAUGCAACACAUAGAUACCGAGAGGGGAAAGGAUUAUUUUAUGGGUUGCAUGUGAUUUUUUUUUUUUCCACCCCCCCUCCUGACCCCCCCCUAUCUGGAUUUCGGAUUACUGAAACAUUCCUCGGAAUGGAAGGACGGGAUUUCGCGGCUCCGGCGCACCUUCUCUCGGAGCGGGGCGCGCUGGUGCACCGAGCCGCCUCUCGGAUCGCUCCUUCCGGCCACGGCUCCGUGCAGCACGCCGGUCACUUCCCGCCGGGGAAAUAUUACCCCUCACACAUACCGAUGGCUCCACACUCAGGCAGCGGACUGAUGGGCAAUUCUUCCGCCUCUUUCAUGGGGACCUUUCUGGCCAGUAGUCUGGGUUCCCCUCCUUCCCACCCACCUCAUCCCUCCCGUCCACCCUCUUCGCCCUCCUCACCCUCCUUCCGAGGUGGACCCCACUCCAGCGCCUCACAAAUCUGGUUUCCCCAUUCCCAUGAAGGUCCAGGAUAUCCUCGGUUUUCGGGGAGUCUGGCCCAUACGUUCCUCCCAAUGAGCCACUUAGAUCACCAUGCCAACGGCGGUGUUCUUUAUGGGCAGCACCGUUUCUAUGAUACGCAAAAAGAGAACUUCUAUCUGCGGGGUCUUCCAUCCCAGCCAUCUCUCAUCUCAGCCAAUCACAGCCUGCCACCAAUGUCCAGGACAGGUUCAGGACACUCUCAGGGGUCCUGCAGCAGAGACAGGGAUCCUGGAUUAGGGACAGGCGUACACAAGGGUCUUAAAGAAGGGUCUGUGGACAGGGGAGUGGUACCAGUCAAGGACAAAGAGAGGUCCAGUAGCAAACAAGAGACUAAAGAACGACAGCAACAACAGCAGCACCACAGCCACCAGACACCCCAGACCACCCACCACCACCAUUCCCACACUCAUCAGCAACAGCCUCACUAUCUAGAGCACCUGCUGCCAUUAGAAGAUGUUAAUAGUCGGGCUCUAGAGAGGCACAAAGCAUCACUCACAAUGGAGUAUAGCAAGGAGCACUCUCAGACUACAGGAAAACCCCUUAGUGCCUGCUUGCACAAUGGAAAGAUGCAAAAUGGAGAUGCAGGAUCUGCAACAGGGACGAAAGUCUCAAUGUCCAGCUGUGGUGGAGACGGCACAGCACUUCGGAAUAUGGGGGAAGGGGUGGUGAACCAGGGCAGACAUAUGGGUUGUAAUGGUAGUAGUCGCUGCACCAAAGAAGGGAUAAGUGGGGAGAUGAGAAUCAGUGAACAACCUUCUGACUGUCUGGAACGGGGUCCAGCACCACUUCACCACUCCCUACCCUACUCUGUACCCCCACCCUUACACAUGGGCUCUGCUACUGGAGGGGCGCACACCCAUCCCCAUCCUCAUGCUCACCCUCAUGCACACCCUCACCCAGGAGGCUUCCAUUGCCUUCAGCUCCACCCCAGUCAUCCGCAUCAUCCUCAUCAUUCCCAUCAUACACACCAUCAUCCAGACUUUUUCUGCCCUCCCCCACCUGCUCCUUUAGCCAACCCUGCUUCACAAGAGAGGGGUACAAUCAAUGUGGGGCGGGAAUCUAAAGUCACUGGUCCAACAUUUGUACCAUCUGUGGCAGACAUUGGAGACAAGUCUAGUGGACCAUUCCAGCUUGGAAGUCUUGACUGCCAGGGUAUGGGUUGUGGAGGAGGAGGUGGAAAUACCAAGGACAAAGCAAUUGAAAAGAGUGCUGGAGGUGGGCACCAUAAUAGCUGGCACAGAAAACAGCAACAGCUGCACUCGUAUAGAAAGGCAGAGAAAGCUCUAGAUUGGAUGCAGUCCCAUCAUCAACAUGUUCAGCCAUCACAACUUCCUCCACUACCCCAACAACAACAAAAGACAACACAUUCUCAACAACAGCACCUGGUUGUACGAUCACGGAGUGCUGAUUGCAUCAACAGUGGUGUGGAUUUAGAUGUGUUCAGAUCUUCCUUGUCCCAGGGACCAAAGGCUGGGAAUUCUGUACCUCAUUCUGUCAACACUUCUCCUUAUAGAGAUUGUUCUCAUCAAGGACCCCCACCUAACUCUUCCCCACUUGGAAGUAAAAACAUGGGGCAACACAGCGGGACUGGAACAGCCCAUGGUCCUGGAGGUAGCUGUUCUUUACAGAGAGAUGGUCAAAAGGUAGCCAGGAUUCGCCACCAGCAGCAUAGCCGACCGGUUCCAGAUUCUCAAUCCCCUGCUGAGCUAAACCAGAGUAACUCUCAAGAGCUUAAAGGUAAGAUGGACAUGUCUCCUUAUGGAUACAGCAACAGCAGUGGGCAGCACCACCACCAGCAACCCUCAGUUCCACCCUGGAACAUGAGGCCUCCCCAUCAUAUGUCACAUUCCGAGGAAGAGCAGAGGAAGUCUUACAUGGAGCUUGGGAGCUCUACUGGACAACACCCUCAGCAGCAGCAGCAGCAGCCAGGGAUGAAUCUUCCUCCUCCACAGCCCCAAACUGCACCUCCACUCAGUCAGCAACAACAGCAGCAACCUGAUCCCCAAGGUCCAACUCAGGGUGAAAGCAGUGCCAUGAAAAGCCUGCUAAAAUACAGCAACCAGCAACAGCCACUGCUCCUCUCUCAGAAAACACCAUUUGGUGGUCUGGGAAGUCUCAAAUCAGGUCCAUCAGGGGGUAGCUGUGCCCUUCAAGGCAACAAACAGACUCUACCUUCAAGGAAGGGUCUAACUGACAAUGAACGCCCAGAUUACAGUGGACGGAGUCGAGAAAUGGGGGACACUGGUCACGGGGAGAGUGAGGUGCGGCAGCCACCAGUGGGAAUUGCUGUGGCAGUAGCCAGACAAAGGGAACCUCCAUGUCGCUCAGCAGACAGUCAUCCCAACAGCCGUCAGGGUCGAGUACAAAAUACUGUGAAAGGACUGCCCCGCUCCAUGUAUCCCUCAGAUCCCACCGAGGAGGAAAGGAAGAGGAUGAGUGAGGAGCAAAUGGGCCUCACUUGCUUGGACCGAGACAGAGAUGCAUACAUCAGGGACAAUAAAGAAAGAGUGGAAUUUGCAAGGAUCCACCAAUCCACCAGUUGCCAUGGUGACCUUACCUCUCAUCUCAUGGUCCCUGGGAGGACUUCACUCCAGUCCGGCCAGUUAGGAGAUCCUGCUGCACAUUCUGCUCAUCAUCAUUGGAUGCCAAGAACUGGAAGUCCAUCCCUCUGGAUGACUGGACACUCUUAUGGCAUAGGUCAUACAACCCUGCAUCAGAAUCUGCCUCCAGGUUUUUCCUCAGCUAUGCCAGGCCCUUUGCAGCCAGUCCUUCCUCUGCCUCAGGACCCCUCAGCUCAGCUGGUGGUCCUUCCCUCUGAGCCUCCUGCCCACCCUGCAACACAUCACCUUGAUGUGAUGGAGCAGCAAGGGCUGUGGCCCCCUGUGUAUGGUGCGCGGGGCCCACCCUCCCACAUGCAACACCCCGCUGUGUACUCCCGUUCUCAGUUUCUACGGCAACAAGAGCUGUACGCUUUUCAGCAGCACCAACAGCUCCAGCAUCAGCACCAGAGUCACCACUCGCAGCAGCUGCAGUCUCAGCCUCAGCAGCAGCAGCAGCACAGAGCUGAACACAACAUGCAACACCAAGCCACUCACAAUCAACAGAUACAGAAAAGACCAGACGAGCCAUCAAAUGAACUAGAAGAACUAAUUUCAGAGCCAAGAACAUCUAAACCUGCCAAGGCCUACUCUUACAACCCUCCGCAGAGAAACGCCUCACCCCCUGGGCCCUGCGUCACUCACUUGUCCCCUUGUUACCAGUCUCCCUCGCUGCGCCAACAUCCCAGAAGCACUCCGUCAACACCCUGCCCUGCUCCCAGUCCUGUGGCAGCUGCCCCUCAUUCUCCUGCAAUCAGCCCUGCCCCACCACAGUUGCUCAAAGCUGCUGAUUCCCAAGACAAGAGAGGCAAGGGACAGGCCCCGCAAGAUUACCCAGAGUCUCUGGAGCCUGACUUGCCUCCUGGAUACACCUACCCACCUAUUGCCCUGAGCUACAGGAGCGGACCCUCCCCGCAGGAUGUUCGACUGGCUGAGCCAGCUGACUUGGAAGCAAUCCAAGCGGAACCAGCUGAGCAUGCUCCUCCAUCUCUUGCCAGCCUAGGGGAGGAGUUAGACUGCCAAGUGGCAGUCAUGCCCCUCCCAGUGACACUCCCACUUAAGGAAGUGGAGCCAGAAGAGGAGGAAAGAUUAGCUGAGGGAGUUUUGGAACAGAGGGAGGAGGCGGAGGUCACAACCAUGUCAGCAGCCAACUAUGUGCCUGGAGAAAAGGAGGCAGGUGAAGAGGGCUCAGCUGAAGAUGAGGAUGUGCUAGUAUGCCCCUCCACUGAGAAUUCAGUGUGUGAGACCGCUUCCCAUUUGGUUCCCCUUUCAACAGAGGAAAGGAAUGGGCUGGCAACUGUCAUUACUUUAGAUGAGGAAGAUGAUGAUAAGGCAGUGGGUGGGGACGGUCAGGUGGGGUAUGAUCAAAAUGUCAACAUGCCUGGAGAACAAGAGCCAGAGUUGUCUGCCAUCAUAGAGCUUGACCCAGCUUCUCCCGCUGCUGCGGAGUCGCUGUGCCUACACCCAGAGGCACCAAAGGAUACAGAAUCCCAGCAUGAGAACACGACGGCUCCUGAUGCUGCCUCAGUGGACUUUCUGUGUCUUUCUCCUGCCUCGAUUUCUGCCUGCAGCCCAAGUGAGGAAUCCGUUACUGUACCCCACAAGCCUCUUGUGCCAUGUUACUGGAGUCUGGAGCUGCUGAUUGCUGCUGCUUUUUGCACAGAUGUACCCCCAUUUCCCUUGUACCCUUACAGCACGCCAUCAUCUGUGCCAUCCCAAUGCACCGCCAACCAGGGUAUGGAGCUUCUGAGUGAGCUUGCAGAUUUGGAAUUGCAGCAGAUGAAGCACAGCUAUGGGAAAAGCCAGGAAGAAGAGCUGCUCCUGUUUGAUCUCCAAAGCCUUGCUACCUUGGCUACAGCCCGUACCUUGGAGUUGGGAUCCCGGGAAAGCAGCGGAGUUGGUUCAGAGCGACACUUUCCAGCUCGUAGGAUUCUCAAUUUACGCAGAAAAUGCAGCUGGACACCUCGCAACGAACCAGUGUGCCCAGCCAAAGUUAGCAUGGAAACAAUGGACGGUCCUGAGCUGGCAAUGCGUGUGAAGUUAGCGGAGAUCCAGCGUCGCUACAAAGAGAAGCAAAAAGAGCUGGCCAAACUUCAAAGGAAGCAUGAUCAUCAGAAGGAAGAAACUCCUCGCAGCCCUGCACGACGAGGGCCUGGACGGCCGAGGAAGCGGAAACCCACCCUCACCUUAGGUCCAGUGUCCUCAACUGAAGGCCAAAGAAAAGUCAAGUCGAUGGGGAUGGGGCUCGGCUUGUCGCCUGAGGAUUUAGGAGGAGGCGGAGACACCCAGAGAAGGAAGAAAAGGCCGUCCAGUCAAGGCUUUGAGCAUCUCAGCAGCACACAGUUAAAAGCACAGAGCUGCAAAAAAAGCAGUGUUCACGGUGUGCUAAGCUCCAAGCUGGCUGGCGAUGUGGCUCAGCUCAAACAGAAAGCCCAGGUUAAAAGGAAUCUCUCAGGAACAGGCCCCAGGGACAUGGAAGGUUCACCUUGCAGCUCCAACCCCAAGCAUGGACACAGAAGCCAGGUUGCGGUCAAAGCCGAAUCCAGGCGAGAGUCGGAGGCACAAAGCGAUACAGCAGCCAGUGUGGACAGUGUUCUCCAAGAAAGCUGGACUGGACAGAUGCAUGGAAGUAAAAAAGCAUCCAACACUUUGACACAAGGUUCCUCCCAACGGAGUCGGACAAAAACAAAAAGCCAACGUGGUCGGAGGACAGCAUCAAUGAAGGAUGAGCAAAGCUCUUCUGCUGAAAGUGACUCUUUUGAUCAAGAUGAUGAAGAGGAGGAAGGCAGUUAUGAGACCGAUGAAGGUCAAGAUUACAGAGCCAAACUUCCCAGAGACAUCACGUCGAGUUCCUCCAUGACAGGCCCCAGUCCUUCGUCUGUCGUAAAGCUGGAGGCGAACCAGAAAGCCAGAAACAAAAAACAGAGACAGGAGCUGUAUGGAUCCCAGAUUCUCUCUGUAGCAGAGGGGGAAGUCAAAGUCAGGAAGAAACCUACCUGUAAGUUGAGCUUGGCUACUGUCAAACACCACCAACGGCCUGAAGGAGCUAGAAGAGCAUGUGGACCCAGGUCGAAGGAAUCCAGGUGGGGCAGCCUCGGGACAAGAGGCACCCGGUACAGAAGGAGCAUCGGAAUGGCCACCUUCCCAACAACCAGUGAGAGGUUGAAGAGGGCCACGCGCAAGAACACCAUGUUAAGAGGAACCAUAACCAAGAGGAAAAGUUGCUGGUCAGUCGGAGCCUCAUCUUUACUGGGCGAGGAGGGAAUCCGGGGACAAACCAGCAAGGACCAACAGCAGCCGUUUGGACGGGCAGUGAGUCGUCUCCUGGAGAGCUUUGCUGCUGACGAGGGCUUUCAGAUGGACGGCAGCAGCUUCUCAGAGGAGGAUGAGGACCACAGACUGUCACACAAGAAAAGCCCCAAAUUUCCCAACUGCGUUUUGACCAAAGAGCUCCUAUGUGAUGGACUUAAAGUGCUGAUCUCGAAGGAGGAGGAGCUGCUUUAUGCUGCUAGGGUCCACACUCUGGAGAUGCCCGACAUCUUUAGUGUUACUAUUGAUGGUGAGAGAGGAAACCGACCAAGAAUAUAUUCACUGGAGCAGCUGUUGAAGCAAGCUGUUCUGGAUAUACGACCAGAGUCUGAGACUUUACUUAGUGAAGGGACCAGGGUUUGUGCUUACUGGAGUGAGCGCUCACGCUGCCUUUAUCCAGGUUACGUUCGCAGAGGGGGUUCAUCCGAUGAGGGGAAACCAAGUGGAGUGAUGGUUGAGUUUGAUGAUGGAGAUAGAGGGAAAAUUUCUCUCCCAAACAUUCGACUCCUGCCUCCAGGCUACCAGAUUCAGUGUGGUGAGUUUACUCCUUCCCUGCUUGUACCGAGUGGAGUAACAGCUAAGAAAAGUUCAAGUCUGGAGCAGGCACCUGUCAUUGACAGGUCUUCAGACAGACUCAGCUCAGCCAGUUCUACAACCAACACCCAAAACCUGACUGUUAUCAAAAGAAGGCCAGGAAGGCCAAAAGGUUCUGGGAAAAAACAAAAACAGCAGCUGGCUGAAAAUGCCAACAAAAAUACUCAGACAUUCUUGGGUUGGAGUUCACUGGCUAACACCCGGAAAAGAUCCUCUGACAAUCUGUUUCAGUUCAACGGGGCACCAAAGAAGACCUUGAGAGGGAAGGACGAUGCCCUAUUCUUGCUGCCUCAGAACCAGUCAAUGGCAUCGCUCCCAGCCAAAAGCCUUUUCAGCAGCAGCUCCUUUGAAGUAGAUUCCUUUAGAAGCAUUGCAAAUGGCUACUCCUUCUGCACCCAGUCUACAGGCGCAGGGUCGGGUUUAUCUCUUGGCUCCAAGAGCAGCAUGUAUAGUGAAAAGCGUAGACAAGAUGAACUGGUAACACCAAGGAGCAAGAAGUCUGAACAAGAGUUUCUGGUCAAAUUAGAUCAUGAAGGGGUAACGUCUCCCAAGACAAAGAACAGCAAGGCGCUGCUGUUGAGAGGUGAAUAUUCCAGUGUGAGUGGCAUGCCUAAAACCGAGGCAUACUCACAUCCAGUCCUGUUGGUUAAAGACAACAAAAAGGGAGGUUCCUCCAGAGUGGAACUUCUCCUAAAAGGCACCACACCACAAAGAAAGCCCUCCACUUCUCUGCGCCAGGAGAAAUAUAGUGAUUUGGGCUUUAGCUCUCACAGAGAGUGUCAUACUUCCUAUUCUGAUCUAGAUGAUGAAGAGGAAGAGGAAGAGAGGAGGCGGGCUGCACUGACUGCAGCCACAGGAGGUGUAAGAAUGGAUGGAUGUUUUCAUUCUCGUCUUUCUGUCUCCUCAUCCUCGUCUGGUUCUUCAAGCUCCUCCUCUUCAGGCUCUCUUUCAAGCUCCAGCCUUUGCUCAUCUGACAACGAUUCAUCGUACAGCUCAGACGACGAGGAGAGUUCUGCAUUGAUGCUGCAAAGUUGCUUGUCUUCCCACCCGGGGCUCAUACAGUCAUCUGAACCCUCCACUUCUUCACGGUCCCAACAGCACUCCUUUGUGGCCAAAGCUGUGGCUGUUUCAAGCAUCAAAGGAGCUGACCAACUGUCCAACAAGUCCUUAAAGAGAAAAGAAUGUAUGACUUCUAUUUCCAAACCAACUAAGGAACUAAUGAAAAAACCAAGGAUGCUUCCAGAUGACAUUUCAUAUAUUCCAAGGCCCAAGAUGUCUGCGUUUCUUCCAGGCCGCCAAAUGUGGCGAUGGUCAGGAAAUCCUACGCAGAGACGAGGGCUAAAGGGCAAGGCCCGGAAGCUUUUCUACAAGGCCAUUGUGCGAGGCAGAGACACUGUCAGAGUUGGAGACUGUGCUGUGUUUCUCUCGGCUGGACGCCCUAACCUUCCAUACGUAGGCCAAAUUGAAAACUUUUGGGAAACUUGGACCUCAAGAAUGGUAGUCAAAGUCAAGUGGUUCUACCACCCCGAGGAGACCAAACUAGGCAAGAGGCUUCGAGAUGGCAAGCAUGCCCUUUACCAGUCAUGUCAUGAAGAUGAGAAUGAUGUCCAGACAAUCUCUCAUAAAUGCCGGGUAAUGAGCAGGGAGGAGUAUGAGUGUCUGACUCGGAGUCAAAAGCCGAACAGUUCCUCCCCAGACCUCUACUACCUGGCUGGGACAUAUGACCCCACCACUGGUCAGCUGGUCACCGUUGAAGGGAUUUCUAUGAUGUGCUGAAACAUUACAAGAACACUACUGAAGAACUUCUUU